AUGCCCUUCCGAGAAUUCGCUAGAUUGAAGCUUGUAGCAAGCGUGACCUCGGAAGGGAACACUAUGAUGAAAUUCGAGCCCUCACCCGCACCUGUAGUCGAAGACGGUUUUGACCCCAAUGUGCUCUUCCACUUUGAGAGUAGUCUGUGUAAUGGGAUUAACACAUUAACCGUCUACGUUAGUCCUGUGGUCUCGACGUCUACUUCUAGAAAUCAAGAUCGCACGGAUGAGCCAUUGAAUUCCUUACCAGGAUCAGAUUUUCAAGAGACAUUGGGCUCUUCAUUCUCGCAAUGGGCGGGAGAAAUGUCGAACCUGAAUCCAUUGUUUGGACAACUUCACACAUCACCACUUCCACAAGGCACUCCCGGACCAGAUGUGUCUCUUGCUCCAUCUCCCAGCUCAAUAUCUCAUCGGAGAACGAACCAGUGUUAUAUCCCAGCUUUUCCUGACUACGAAGACAGCGUUGAUGCGAUGGUAAAUAAUUUUCAAUAUUGGACAGACCCUUUUGCCAUGUCAUUCCCCAAACAUCGUACAAGCUCAACAUCAUCCGUCUCACUUCCAACCACUCCGAGCGGCACUACCUCUCCAGCUUCAAAUUUGUCGGAAAUAUCUAUGGAUGAUCUAGGAAGCAUUUCCUCGCCGGAAGCUGUUUACGGAUGUACUCCCCAUCAUCCCUCCGAAGCACACAGACAAGCGGCGUCGUCCUCAUCACUAGCACCACGGCAUCGUGCUCAUUCCAGAUCGCGACGGUCUAGCUCUCAUCCUAACCAUUUGAGUCGCCGUGGGGUUCCCACAAAAUCAUCCUUCCCUUGUACUUUUGAUCCAUGCCCGGAAGUAUUUUCGCGGAAACAUGAUCGUAUGCGUCACGAAGUCGCACAACACGGUUUGAAAUGUCAAUGGGUUUGCGAUAGAUGCCGAAAAUUCUUUGCCUCCGAAAAGACCCUUGCAAAACAUAAAUGCAGCGUGAAUAGCGAUAUCCGUUGGACUACUUCGACCGGCCAGGACGGAGAUAGCUUUAUGUCUAUCUAG